AUGAAGAUAGCGGGGGAUAAACUGAAACAGUGCUACCUCCGGAUGGGGCAAGCCUUCGUGCCCGACCCCCACAUCAGCGGGGCUUGCUACACUUGCGGUUGGAGCUCCUUCAAAGGUGCGUGGACGGGGCCCGAGGGUUGCAGCGUCGGCGCGCUGCUCCUCUGCGCCGCGUUCAUCGACUCGCUGUUCGAGACGAAGGCUUUGACGGACGCGGCGCAAUUCAUGACCAACAUGGGCAUGGAUUCUAGCAAGCGCUUGCCACAUUCCCGUUAUCUGGCCCAAGGCGGGAGUGCGUUCGUGCAGCGGGGUGAGAAUUACUGCCGUUCCAAGCGGCCGGCGCCCGGUGAGCCGCGCGUGGUUCACGCGCCACCGGUGCGCUUUGUGCUCGGGCACAGGUCGUUCCGAAUCCUCGGCGGCCUCAUCAUAGUUUUCUCGCCGUCGGAAGAGUUCGGCAUCUGGGCGCCGCCGCGCGUGGGCGGCGACAAGUGGCCUUGGAUAAGCUUUAUUGUAUUCGGCGACCAACGGGAACUCGAAGAUGGCGAGGAGCUCGCCCGUCUGGGUUGCCUGCGCGGGCCUUACCACGAAGAGUGCGUCAACGCGCGCGUGCAAGUGCACGGCCUGGACUUCGCCAAUUUUCCAUGCCCAGAGUGCAGGACCGCGGAACGCCAGCUCCAGUCGAUGGAGGCCGCCAGGUUGCAGCGGCAGCAGGUCGUCAGCAGCAGUGGGUCGUCAGCGGCAGCAGGUCGCAGGCGCGCGGCCGUCUUCCGGACCCCCCUCACCCAGGGGGGGGAGCGCAGGAUCACCAGGGAGAGCCGCCGCUCCAGGUCGCCGCCCCCCCGCGUCGUGGCGGAUUCGCCCAUCAUGCAGCCCGAGUCGCCGGGUGGGGCCAUCGUCGCGGCCGCGUCGCCCAUUGGCAGGGCCGUCGCCCCGGCCGCGUCGCCCAUUGGCAGGGGGCUGUCGCAGUCCAUAUCCCCAUCGCAGUCUCAGCCGUCGCGGCCGCAAGGCCCUGCCAUCACAGAUGCCGAUUUCGGUUUCACGUUCACUGACAACACGGCGGCUGGCGGCGACGGGGCCCCGGUGCCAGACCCGUGCCUCCGACGGGCCGACGCCGUGCCGAAUGCCGCCGCUUUCCAAACCGCCCUGCAUCCGACGGGCUUAUUCAACGGCUUGCAGGACGAGCGGGGGACCCGAGGGACAGCCGAGCAGUGGCUGGGCGAGAUGCUGGCGGACCCUAGGGACCACAAGGAGGUGGGAAUGGAUCCCAGCUUCUCAAUUCGGCUCCUGCCCCCGCGCCCCUUCCGCACAGCAGUCGUCGCGGUGGCGUCGCGCGAGGGCUGGCAGCCCGAAGCGCUCAUGCAAGGUAUCAUGAGCAACGCGGGCUGGUUGGAGCACCACGCCACGGUGCUCAAGGAGCACCCAGGGGCGCCAGGUGGCAUCUGGGCCGUGCACGCCGAGGAGGGCGACCAGUGCCCGAGGCGGUGCGCCGAGGAGGCGCCGGAGGCAUUGGGGGCCCGGAAUGCGCAGCAGGGCUUCCCGCGGGCGCAGCGCACGUUGCUGCCGCCGGGCAUCCCGCGGGCGCAGUACGAGAACAGCGCGCUCUGGCGAAGGGGGCUGCUCCGCGCGCUGCCGCGCGCGGCCCGCCAGCGCGGCAGCGAAAGCGCCGAGCAUGCGCUGGGCGAGGCUGCUGGCGGCGCGGCCGGCGCGCCUGGCGCCGCGCGGAGCAAGAAGCUUCGGAAGGACGCGCCGGCGCGCCGACGUGGCCAGCCGACGCGCGCGGAGAGGUGCAAGCUCCCGACAUCGCUAGAGACGGGCGUUCCCCUCGGCGCGCAGCCCUCGUCGUCUGCGCAGCUGCCCCAUUGCUGCUCGCUGAGGCGCGCCGCCAGCCGCGCCAGCGGCGCCAGAGAGCCCCGGCGGGCCCGCGUCGACCAGGGCGACGGCGGCCGCGGCAGCCACGCGGCGACCGGCAGCGGCACGGGCUCGUGGGCCGACCGCGUCCGCCAGAGCUCGCUGUACCCCACAGGGUUGGUGGAUGGGAUGUUCCCCCGCAUGAACCAAUCACGGGAUGAAUUUGAGGUGUGCGCGAUCUGCCUGGAGGCGCUGGCCUGCUUCCCGGCGACGCCCUUCCUGGUCGACUCGCGGCCGGGAAGCCGCGCGACCUGCGUCCAUUACUGCCAUCACGCGUGCGCGCGACGGUUGGUCGCGCGGCGAUGCCCAGUGUGCAGGGCGGCCUUUGCGGGGCUGAAGAAUCUGACCCGCGAGGGCAUUCUGACUAUGUCGGAGGCCGAGCUCUGCCUGGCACUGCGCAGGCUGCACGGGCGCGCGGAGGCCCACUUGGCGGUGGGCCUGCUGUCUGCUCUCUUCCCUGUCAGCGUGCAGCGACUGACCGAGCUGAUGUCGGGCAUUGACGAGGGCUGCGUGACCGCCGAGGGGCUGGCGGGGGUGCUGAAUGCCUUGGGGGUGCCGGAGGCGCCGCCGCGAGCAGGACCGCGGCUGUGGCUGCUCAAGGCCUGCAGAGCGGCUGGAGGCGCCCUCAACGGCUGCUUCGCCGGUUUCCUGGUCGGGGCGGGGGUCGGGUUGUGGCUGAAGGAGCCCCCAAGCCACGACGAGCAGGAGAAGGUGUCGAGACCGCACGGCGGAUCCGACGACCACGGCGCCGCGCGUCACCCUUUCACAAUCGUCGAGGGCUCGGUCAGCAUCAUUCGCGAGUUCUGCGAGCAGGGCCUCCUCGGGAUCGCCGUCGUGACGUUCCUCCUGGUGCUGGUCGUGGUCGUGCUGCCUGCGCUGAUUUGGCUCUUGCGGCGGUGCUGGCGCCUCGUGGCAGUGGCCUUGCGCUCUGGCCACCGGGCGAUCUGGGUGGCGGCGGCCGCGCGCGCGGGCGCGGGCGCGCCUGCGCAGGUCGGCCGCCUGCUCUGGGGAUGCAGCUUGUGGCUCGGCGUCGGGCUCGGCGUGCUCUGCGGCUUUCUCCACGGAGCGAAGCACCCAGAUGCGAAGCCGGUCCGCGAGGGGUAA